AAAAUCAUCGGUGUCUUCAAGCCCAAGAAUGAGGAGCCGUACGGGCAGCUGAACCCCAAGUGGACCAAGUGGCUGCAGAAGUUGUGCUGCCCGUGCUGCUUUGGGAGAGACUGCCUUGUCCUCAACCAGGGCUACCUGUCGGAGGCAGGCGCCAGCCUGGUGGACCAGAAACUGGAACUCAACAUUGUUCCCCGCACGAAGGUGGUGUAUCUGGCCAGUGAGACCUUUAAUUACAGUGCCAUCGACAGGGUGAAGUCCCGAGGAAAGAGGCUGGCCCUGGAGAAAGUGCCGAAAGUUGGCCAGCGUUUCAACCGCAUUGGUCUGCCGCCCAAGGUGGGCUCCUUCCAGCUCUUUGUGGAAGGCUACAAGGAUGCUGACUACUGGCUGGGGGGGGGUUUUUUUUUAGGCGCGGACCCACUCCCGGAGAACACCAACCGGCAGCUGCUGCUGCAGUUUGAACGGUUGGUCGUGCUGGACUACAUCAUCAGGAACACAGAUCGGGGCAAUGACAACUGGCUCAUCAAGUACGACUGUCCCCUGGACAGCGCGGGUGUGCGGGACAGCGACUGGGUGGUGGUGAAGGAGCCCAUCAUCAAGCUGGCUGCUAUAGACAACGGUUUGGCCUUUCCCUUGAAACACCCGGACUCCUGGAGAGCAUAUCCAUUCUACUGGGCAUGGCUGCCCCAGGCCAAAAUCCCCUUUUCACAGGAGAUCAAGGACCUGAUCCUUCCCAAGAUCUCAGACCCCAACUUUGUCAAGGACCUGGAGGAAGAUCUGUAUGAGCUCUUCAAGAAAGAUCCUGGCUUUGACAGGGGACAGUUUCACAAGCAGAUUGCUGUCAUGAGAGGCCAGAUCCUGAACCUGACUCAGGCGCUGAAAGACGGGAAGAGCCCCCUGCACCUGGUUCAGAUGCCCCCUGUGAUUGUGGAAACUGCACGUUCCCACCAGCGCACCACUAGUGAGUCCUACACGCAGAGCUUCCAGAGCCGGAAGCCUUUCUUCUCAUGGUGGUAG